CGGCUGCUGCCGCCGCUGCCGCUGCUCUGUCUUCCCGGGCUCCUCCGCCGCCGCCGCCGCGCCAUGACCCUGGGCAGCGCCCUUCUCCUGCGCCCCGGCAGCGGCCCCCGGCUGCAGCUGCCCUGCCUGGCCAAGAUGGAGCGCCUGGUGGUGGCCAUGCAGGACCCGGACAUGGGCGUCAAGCUGCGGAGCCAGCGCCUCCUGAUCACCGUCAUCCCGCACGCCGUCACCGGGAGCGACGUGCUCCAGUGGCUGCUGCAGAAGUACGCCAUCUCCCAGGAGGAGUCCCUCCACUUGGGCAACCUGAUCGUCAAGCACGGCUACCUCUACCCGCUGAAGGAGCCCCGCAGCCUGGUCCUGCGCCCGGAUGAGUCGCCCUACCGCUUCCAGACCCCCUACUUCUGGAUGAGCACCAAGUGGCCGGCCACCGAGCUGGAUUACGCGGUGUACCUGGCCAAGAAGAACAUCCGGAGGCAAGGGGAGCUCGUCGGCCACGAGAAGGAGGACUACAACCGGCUGCACAAGAGGAUCAACCACACCUGGGACUUCGUGGUGAUGCAGGCGCGGGAGCAGCUCCGGGCGGCCAAGCAGCGGCGGAAAGGCGACCGGAUCGUCAUCGAGUGUCAGGAGCAGGCCUACUGGCUGGUCAACCGGCCCCCGGUGAGUCCUGCUCAGCAAGAGAGGGGCCGGGCGGCCUCCGACUGCUCUGCCGGAUGGCCUCGCAGUGGGGCUGCCUGGGCUCCCGAGGGGCGCAAGGGGCCCUGGCGGGUCGCCUGCCUUGGCCUCCCCUCCGCCUGUCCGUCCCUCCAGGUCCCCUUGGUUGGGGGCUGCCCCCAAGACAGGCAGGCAGGCAGGGAGGGAACCGGGCCCCGACCCUGCUCUCUUGUUCCCCCAGCCUGGCGCCGUGAACGCGAUGGAUCAGGGCCCCGAGCGGAGGAACCGCCUCAGCAGCCGGGUGCAGCUGGAGAAGAACACCGACUUCUACAAACGGGAGAUCCGCUACUUCCGCGCCGCCAUGGGCCGGACCCGCGUCAAGUCUUCCGUUUGCCUGGAGGGGUACCUCAAGUUCAACGAGCAGUACGUGCCCCACGACCCGCUCAUGUCCGGCUGCCUCCCCAGCAACCCCUGGGUCAGCGACGACACCCUCUACUGGGCCAUGAACGCCCCCGCGGCGACGGCCCCCACCAGGCUGCGGGUGGAGCGGUGGAGCUUCGGCUUCGGGGAGCUCAUCGGGGACUCUCUGGGCCGCGUCCAGCUCCUGGAGUUCCUCAAGAAGGAGUUCAGCGCCGAGAACCUGAGCUUCUGGGAGGCCUGCGAGGAGCUGCGCUACGGAGAGCAGGCGCGCAUCGCGGAGAUCGUGGACUCCAUCUACCAGCAGUUCCUGGCCCCCGGAGCCACCCGCUGGGUCAACAUCGACAGCAAGACCAUGGAGCGGACCCUGGAGGGCAUCAAGACCCCGCACCGCUACGUGAUGGACGACGCCCAGAUGCACAUCUACAUGCUGAUGAAGAAGGACUCCUACCCCCGGUUCCUCAAGUCGGAGCUCUACAAGACUCUGCUGGCCGAGGCCCUGGUCCCGCCGGAGACCAGGAGGCGCGCCUUCCCCUUCGUCCGCAAGCAGCGCCACGCCAGCCCCAGCCCGGCCUCGCUCCUGCCGCCGCCUCCGGCCCCUGCUCCUGGGGACGCCGAGGGCCGAGCGGAGGAGGAGGAGGGCGCGCUCCCGCUGGCAGGGCCCCCGGAGCAGCAGGACGGCGGCGUCUAGUCCGGGAAGCCCCCAGCCCCUCCGCCGCCGCUCCGGAAUGGGAGGAGGAAGCAGCCGUACGGGCCAAGGAUGCCCCAUGCAGCCCCUGCCCCGCAGGAAUGGCCAGUCCUCCCCAGGGCCGCCGGCCCCUCCCCGCCCCGGUUCCCUUGCAAUAAAACCCCUCUUUGC